AUGCUCUCACUUUCAUUACGCGCGAGGGUUGGAACUUGUACGGCGGACAGCGAAAAAAAAAAAACGCGCGAGACGCAAACGGGAGAGCAGGCGGGAAACCCGGGUAGGGAACACGAGCUGCAGACACGUGAGAGCGACAAGCGCGACGCUGGCCGAGCGAAAGCGACAGCGCACGCAAAAGCGAGCGAGUACACAGACGCGGGCGUUCGUUCCAAUUGCUUCCCUUACAGCAAUUUCAGUCUUAUGAGAAGCCUACCUCACAAUUUGCGCUUCAAUCCCAAAAAGCACGACUCAAUGCAGGCGAACCGACACGUGGACGAAGGAGACGGAAAAGACGGGGCUAUCACCCUCAAAGGCGUCCUGUUCCAAGAAACUUAG